UGACCCCCUCGCUCCUGACUUGCUUCUCAAGAACAUCUCCUUCUUCGUGCUCUACCCUCUGCAGAAAAAGCUCCGACUUCGACGGCUUCUUCUUUGCCCCCUCUCUCAGACAUUCCUUGCGGGUCCUUCUUCCGUCACUCUCUCCGAUUCGGUUUAGGUUCCGAUCUUUGAAUCAGCUCGAAGAUGUUUCUCACUAGGACUGAGUAUGACAGAGGAGUGAACACCUUCUCUCCCGAAGGCAGGCUGUUUCAAGUCGAGUAUGCCAUCGAAGCUAUCAAGCUGGGCUCCACUGCUAUUGGUCUGAAGACCAAGGAUGGCGUUGUGCUCGCGGUCGAGAAGCGUAUUACUUCGCCUCUGCUGGAGCCAAGUAGUGUGGAGAAAAUUAUGGAAAUUGAUGAGCACAUCGGUUGUGCUAUGAGCGGGCUAAUUGCUGAUGCCCGGACAUUGGUGGAACAUGCUCGAGUGGAGACUCAGAAUCACAGGUUCUCUUAUGGUGAGCCAAUGACAGUUGAGUCCACAACCCAAGCUCUUUGUGAUCUAGCCCUUCGAUUUGGUGAGGGCGAUGAGGAAUCCAUGUCUCGACCUUUUGGUGUGUCUCUUCUCAUUGCAGGCCAUGAUGAGCAUGGACCAAGCUUAUAUUACACUGAUCCAUCGGGCACAUUUUGGCAAUGCAAUGCGAAGGCUAUUGGUUCGGGCUCUGAAGGAGCAGACAGCUCCUUGCAGGAGCAGUACAACAAGGAUUUGACUCUUCAGGAGGCCGAGACAAUUGCUCUUUCCAUCCUCAAGCAGGUUAUGGAAGAGAAGGUGACACCUAACAAUGUUGACAUUGCCAGGGUGGCCCCAACCUAUCAUCUGUACACUCCUUCAGAGGUCGAAGCUGUUAUAGCUCGUCUAUGAUGAUAGGGAAGGAAAGAUCAAUCACUCCUUUGAAGCCCACCGGUAGUGCUCUAAUUGAAUGAUGGGAUUGUGUCUAGUUCAGGGUUUGAGCUAUGAACUCUCAGUUUCAUUUUAUGACUGCAUCUUACUCUCCCUGUUAUUGAACGGUUACGGUUUGUCGAAUUUAAUCUAUGCACUGAGAGCCGAACCAGAGCGAUGGAUUGUGCCGAAAAACCAUGGAGGAAUUAUCUUGAGGAUAAUUAAGCACUAUAUUGAGCAUCGACUGUUCGAACUAUUCUUUCUUGGUUUUAUUGAAGAUUGUUCUUUGAGGAUUGAUUUCAA